ACUUUUGACAGUUUUCGAGUCGUGUGUUUGUUACGCGACCGACCACAGAGAGAUUUGCAAAUAAAACGAAUUUUCCAGGGAUCCUUGUGAAAAACUCCACCAUAAAACGCCUCAUAUUAUAAAAUUUAUUGAGUAUUGUGAAAAAAUGUUGCGUCAAUUAAAUCGAGCCGGUGAAUUCCCCAAAGUUGUCAAACAAUUGCAAAAAGUAGGUUGCCAAAAGACGUCGACCGCAAAAAUUUUCGCUAGAUAUUUGCAUGCGUGUGUGUGUAGGCCUCCUUGGUCAGCAGCAGCAGCACCGGGAAGAGCCUUCUUGUGUAGUACUAAACAACUUAGAGGACGCUUUAAUUCUAGCUCAUUUUUCGGUUUAUUCCAGAGUUCAGCUGUAGCCGGAACACAAAAAUCCAAUAACUAUGCGACCGAGGCAACUGUUCAAGUGCAACGGCCUUACAAAUUGCAUCGUUUGGACCAAGGACCCGAAACCACAGUAAAAAUCACCAAAGAUCAAGCUCUUACAUACUACACUCAAAUGCAAACCAUCCGCCGUUUGGAAACAUCUGCUGGUAAUUUGUACAAAGAGAAAAUCAUCAGAGGCUUUUGUCAUUUGUACUCGGGUCAGGAAGCCUGUGCUGUGGGCAUGAGAGCCGCUAUGCGUGAUGUGGACAAUAUUAUUUCUGCCUAUCGUGUUCAUGGCUGGACCUAUCUGAUGGGUGUUUCACCUUUGGGUGUUUUGGCUGAGUUAACAGGACGUCAAAGUGGUUGUGCCAAAGGCAAGGGAGGUUCUAUGCACAUGUAUUGUCCCAAUUUCUAUGGUGGCAAUGGCAUUGUGGGAGCUCAGGUUCCUUUGGGCGCUGGAGUUGCCUUGGCCUGCAAAUACAAAGGCAAUGGUGGCAUGUGCCUAGCCUUGUAUGGUGAUGGUGCUGCCAAUCAAGGUCAAGUGUUUGAAGCCUACAACAUGGCCUAUUUGUGGAAAUUGCCUGUUAUUUUCGUUUGCGAAAACAACAAUUAUGGCAUGGGCACUAGCGCAGAACGUGCUUCCUCCAACACCGACUAUUAUACCAGAGGCGAUGCUUUGCCCGGCAUCUGGGUAGAUGGCAUGGAUGUUUUGGCUGUUCGCAGUGCCACAGAAUUCGCCAUUGAUUAUGUCAACAAAAAUGGACCUUUGGUCAUGGAAACCAACACUUAUCGUUAUUCUGGCCAUUCCAUGUCCGAUCCCGGUACCAGCUAUCGUACCCGCGAAGAAAUUCAAGAAGUACGCCAAAAGCGUGAUCCCAUUACCUCAUUUAAGGAGAUGUGCAUUGAACAGGGUCUCAUUACCACCGACGAAGUCAAGGCCAUUGACACCAAAGUACGCAAAGAGGUCGAUGAAGCCACUGCCCAGGCUAAAGCCGAUGCCGAACUGCCUCUCAGCGGUUUGUGGACCGAUGUCUACUCCCAGUGCUUGGAACCCAAAAUAAGAAAUUGUGUGGAACACAACAUUAAACAUGUUCAACAAAACAAAGGCGCAAAUCAUUAACGAACUAUGAGCCAUUCUAACUUUGCUGCCUCCAAGGAGGGAAUGUUUACUCAGCCUUCCUUCUUAAUGAUUAACUCAUUGUUCAUAAGUUACUCAGUUUUGUUAAUACGUUUUUCUUUUGCAUUGGAAGAGAACUCUGGAUAAAGGCUCAUUUAGGAGAGAUAAUUUCCAUUAAUUUAUUAAAACCCAAUCUAUAUAAAUCUCAAGUUUAAAGCGACACACGAAAAAAAUCUUAAAAUUGUUUUGCUUAAUUUUUAUGUAAAUUAUUUUUGAUUAAAAUCAACAUCACACACAUUCUUUUUUAAGACAAGAUAGUAAAACACAAGUCUGUAACAAGAGACUACAAAAUAAAUACAAAUAUGUAAACUGUUAUAAAUAUAAAUAGACAAAAUAAAGACCAUCGUAGAAAAAUUCCACAAAAACUGAA